AUGGCCAACCUCACCGAAAACGAGUUUUCUGAGGAUUUUGGCUUCAUCGCGCCAUCUGCAUUGCUACUGGUUAAUCCAGCAGCAGCGCCAUCAGACUUUGAGCUCCCCAGCGAGAACCUACACAGUCAUACUAGCACGCGAUAUGCGUCCCUCUCAAUCGGCCCUGCGACCAAUCGUGCCAUGCCUUCAAAGAAAGGUGCGCGUAUUAACAAGGAAGGGAUUCGCAUUCUGAAAACCUGGUUCAUCACCCAUGAGAACAAACCCUAUCCUCGUCACAACGACUUACAGUUCUUGCAGCAGCAAACCGGCCUAGAACACAAGCAGAUCACGACCUGGUUUUCGAACGCUCGUCGUCGAGGCCUUUCUCGUGACUCUGGAUCAAGACAUCCGCAAGUCCACGACACUCAAACAAGCCCAAUUGAUAUCAUUGCGAGACCUGGUACACCUGCAGUGCAGCUUGGACUUCAGCAUAAAGAUCCUUUGCAACGAUGGGUUGAAUCGCCACCAGAAAAUGAGGCUGCAUCGUUUGGUGAUAUUUUCCGCGCUGUAACUACGGGUUCAGAUUGCUCCAAUAGUGAGCACGACAAUUCGGAAACGCUGUACCCAUCGUCUUCUGCAAGCAGUGCCAGCACAUCCUACUCUAAUGCGCGGUCGGACUGCAACUCAUCUGGAUCUCAAACGUCCAAUGGGCCGAUUCGACGAUCGCGCAAGCGGGGGCUGAAGAAAAACGACCGCUCCAAGAGAGCCUUUGCUGCACCCGAUUUACCAUUCCAAUGCACCUUUUGCGUCGAGACAUUCAAGACAAAGUACGACUGGCAACGUCAUGAAAAGGCCCUGCAUCUCUCAUUAGAGCAAUGGAUAUGUGCACCAGAGGGUCCAAGAAUCCCGGUAUCGGCCAGGCAAGAAGACCAAUUCUGUACUUUCUGCGGCAAAUUAUCUCCUGACGAUACACAUCUCGACGAACAUCAGUACUCUGCUUGUCAAGCACGAGAUGAAAUCGAACGCAGCUUCUAUCGCAAAGACCACCUCGUACAACACCUAAGGCUUGUUCACAAAGUUGACACUACAUAUGUCCCACUAGAUCGAUGGAAGACCUCUACGCUGGAUAUACAAUCGAGAUGUGGGUUCUGCAGCCUAGUCAUGCAUACUUGGACGGAGCGAGUGAACCACUUAGGGGAGCACUUCAAGGCGGGUGCAACAAUGGCGCAAUGGCAAGGUGAUUGGGGGUUCGAGGACCAUAUAUUGCAGCGUGUGGAAGAUGGCGUGCCGCCAUUUAAUCUGACCUCCAGAGUAGACUUCAUUCAUCUUGAGAAGAUGACGCCUUGGCCUUUGCGCGCAUGCGACACGCCAACCGCCACGUCUGUCAGCGCGUACGAGCUCCUUAAGCUUGAGGUCAACUUUUUUCGACAGAAUUAUUUCGAUCUAAAUGGAAUACCGCCGGACGCUCGUACUCUUCAGCUAGAAGCAUGCCGUAUCAUAUUCGCAUCAAAUGCGCUGUCAGAUACCGGGCCUUCGACAUCGCAGCGAGAUGAUGGAGAGUCUUGGCUUCGCGACAUCAUUAUGUCGAACUCAGAUAUCGCCACGGAAGCUCUUUUUGGGCCACUGCGUACCCCUUCCGAGGGUAUUUCAACAUUGCGAAUCUGCGGCCGUAAUCACCUUUUCGAGCGAUGUCCACUAGAGACUCAACUUCGUGCUUUCGCACAAGCAAAAGCUGACGCAUCCGUUGGUCUGCCGGACUGGACACUCCAGCAAGAGGCUUGCGAGAUCAUCCGCCGUAUCGAGGAUGCUCCCAAUGCUACCCUAGAAGGCUUCGCAGGCUGGCUUAUCCACGCGAUCGGAGUAAACAACAUUUGGCUGUCAGCUUUCAAGCUACGCACCAGCUUACCUUCUGACAAUCAGAACCCACCCGCAGCUUUUCCAGCCCAGCCAAUCGAUGACCAAGGGCUGCUUGCUCCCUUUUCCAUGGAGCCCUCGUCCAUUGCCGGACUCCUCGAGGACCCUUUCCACACGACAGCUCAUGGUCCAUCUCCGCUUGUUCCCACCACUGGUCUACCUGAUAAUCACUCGCGAAGCCACAUGGCCAUGGGCACGAACUUCUACCGCCUCUUUGCCAACGACCUUAGGCGCUGGGUCCUCGCCACCAUGUCCCCAUCCAACCCAGGCUGCCAUGUCCCAUCUGAUGCGGAGAUUCAGCAUCACGCGCGCUGGAUCAUAUACGAAUCUGAUGAUCCGUGGAACCAAACUGCUGCGGAUCACCCUGAGUGGCUGUGGCGGUUUAAGAAGGAUGUCGGUAUCAUCGGUACUGAAGAUUCCACUGGAACUAUGGGGCUUCAGAAGCUGUAG